AUGAAAUUUGUCAUACACUACUCACUUAUUCUGUUAUUAUCAUUGAAAUGUUUACCAGAUAAAAUAGUCAGAAGACUGAUUGCAGUUUUCUUACUUAUCGUGUGUACUGUGCUGCUGAUAAAGAAUCGCCACCCAAUACUCUAUCUCGAAUCCAGCAAAACAACAGCUUUGAUUCAAACCAAUGAGUAUGGCAUUCGUAAUAAUGACAAAAAUGAUCCUCGCCAUCUACCACUGAUAUUUAUUGGAGGCCAUCAAAGUUCAGGUACCGGUUUACUUCGUAUUCUCAUGGAUAUCCACCCAGCUGUACGAUGUGGUCCAGAACCAGUUGUUACCAGAGAAAUAUUGCUUUACAGAUCAACGAAAAUACCAUCAAUGGAUUGGCUUUCACGGUCCGGUAUAUCCCAAGAUGUAUUAGACAAUGCUGUGGCUGGUUUCAUUGUGUCAAUUCUACAAAAUAUGGGUCCACCUGCAGAAAGAUUAUGUCAUAAAGAUCCAGGAUCAUCUGUCUUCUUGAAAGAUUUGAGCGUUUUAUUUCCGAAAGCAAAGUUUAUUCACAUGGUACGUGAUGGGAGAGCAGCUGUUGCAUCUACAGUAGCACGUAGACGAAUGGAAGAAAUUCGGUUAUAG